AUGACGAACGCAUCCUACACCGAGGCAUACCAAAGCCUGAGUGCUUUGUGGGACUUCUCCGAUGAAAACCAAAAGCUAUGGUGGCAUAGCACAGCUCCUAUGUUUGCCCAUAUGCUACAGUCCGCAAACUACAACCAGCGGAGCCAGAGCCACCACCUCGAGAUCUACAAGAAAGCGAUCAUCCCUAUGCUAGGGGCCUACCCUGUGAAUGACCGUCCCCGUUGGAUGAGUAUUCUCACUCGAUAUGGCACCCCGUUUGAGCUGAGCCUCAAUUGCUCGAAUAAUGUUGUCAGCUACACCUAUGAGCCCAUCUCUUGGACAACGGGGACCUCACAGGACCCAUUCAAUACUAUUGCCAUUUGGGAGGCUUUGCAGCACCUCAUGGCUUCUCAAAAGGGCAUUGAUCUUGAAUGGUUCACUCAUUUCAAAAAAGCUCUUACCCUGGACUCGGACGAAUCUGCUUUUCUUCUAGCGAGCGAUAUGGUCGGGGAUCAGAUCAAGACCCAGAACAAACUUUCCCUGGAGCUCGGUGAAGAUCAAUUCAUUCUUAAGGCCUAUAUGUAUCCCGCUUUGAAAUCACUCGUGGCGAAAAAGUCGAUCCACGACCUGAUCUUUGAGGCAGCCCACGACUUGGCCCAAACCUAUCCCAGAAUAUCAACUCCUUUGAAAGUUCUUGAGGAGUACUUGAAGUCUCGAGCUCCCAAUAGCACUGUUAAGCCCCGGCUUUUAUCUUGUGAUUUGGCGGAACCCUCGAAGUCGCGCAUCAAGAUCUAUCUUCUAGAAGACAUGGUCACGCUCACGAAUUUGGAAGAUUUGUGGACGCUAGGAGGCCGAAGGAAUGAUCAAUCCACGGUGGAGGGGCUCUCGGUAUUGCAUGAGCUCUGGAACCUUAUCAAUCUGACCGCACAGUUCUGCUCUUAUCCAGUGGGUUAUUUGUCUCUCAAUGAUCCUGUCAACGAGCAGCUCCCCCUUAUGGCCGACUUUACUCUUCACGCAGACGAUCCUAUUCCCGAGCCGCAGAUCUACUUUCAGACGUUCGGAAGUCGGGACAAAAAGUUGACAAAGGGAUUGACGACUUUUUUCCAGAAGCAAGGCUGGAAUAAGAUUGCCCAAUCCUAUGAGACUGAUUUACGUUCUUGGUAUCCAAUGGCAAAUCUGAAGCGUCUGAAUAAAAUCCAUACAUUGGUGUCCUUUUCCUACCGCAAUAACAGCCCUUCUGUGAGCGUUUAUCUCCAGUCGUUCGAGACUGGUGAAUGGGAGAUGUCCAAGUUUUCAAGCACCCCUAACCUCUAG